GGCCAUGGAGCCCGGCCGGGCCCAGGCGCUGCUCCUGAGCUGCUGGGCGCUGCUGGCCUUGGCCUCCGCCGCCGAAGAUGUCACCUCUAGCAUAUUACCUGCUGUUACUGCCAAAACUGUGGAUGCUGCAGAAGGAGACCAUGUUUUUGAAUCUGCUAAUAGCUUACCAUCCCGGAGUGAAGCAGCUGCUGUUCAGCCAGUUGUUGGGAUCAGCCAGCGGGUCAAGAUGCGAUCAAAUGAAAAAAAAGAUUUGGGCAUCCUAGGCUACGUGAUGGGUCUUAUCAUGAUGGUGAUCAUAAUUGCCAUUGGAACAGGAAUUGUUGUGGGCUACAUCUACAAAAGGGGGAAAGAUCUCAAGGAGCAGCACGAGCAAAAAGCUUAUGAGCGCGAAAUGCAGAGAAUCACGUUGCCACUCUCAGCUUUCACCAACCAAGCCUGCGAGCUAAUGGACGAGAACACAAUCGUGGUGCACACCACUCAGACACCUGUAGAAGAAAUGCACAAUGGCGAUGCACCCUUGAUGGGCCAGGCAGGCACUCCUGGAGCCUGAUGAAGGAGCGCUAGGAGAUAACCCUGCUUUGACAACCACAAGCCCCUCUCCUCUCAUCCUUGAUAAUGGGAGUUCAUUUUUUUUUCUGGUAAGCGAGGGAUAAGAUGCCCACUCAGACAGAAGAGAUUUGUAAAGGGUGUCAGAACUGGCUCAUCCACAGUAGUGUGCUGGUAUGGAGCAGACCUCUGGACUGUAGAAGGACUGGUGGAGCUCUGGACUGAGACCACCGUUCCUCC